AUGCUAAAAGUGAAAAAGGUCCAUCCAGUCUGCGGAAACUGCACGAAGAACGGAACCGAGUGCGUUUACGAUGCGACGCUACAGAAAGGCGCUGCCUUGCGCAGCGGUCAAGACAAGAAUGCUCAUGGCGUGAAGCGGCGAAGAGAGACUUCUCGACCGCUGGAGCAGGACGCCGAUGAUAUACAGUUGGUCCAGGGCCAGCUGAGGCCGGCGGAACACUCUGACGGGAAGAAGUUCGGGUCACAGGCGAUCGAGGCUCGGCUAGACAAGUUGGCUUCGAUGAUAGAGCGAUUGAGCAAGACGGAUCAGCCGCGGGAGCAGAUGGAGCGGCAGCUGCUGGAACAACAGGCGAACAUGGAGGCCAUGAGUGCUGAAAUUAGACAAGCAAACGGUGCACAACCGAGGUCCUCUGCCAAUUCGCGGCCGGACAGUCCUCGUCGCGGCGUCGACUCAAGUGGAGACGAAUUCCCUAUACCUGCUGGUCAUGCUACUGACCUAGUCGACCCGGUCGGGAGCUUGAAUCUAGGCCAUCUAAGUUUGGAGGACGGCGGGAGGUCGAGAUAUGUUGGGACGACUUAUUGGGCUUAUAUCUCCCAAGAGAUCAAUGAACUCAAUCAACUGCUCAGAGACCAGAAUCGCUCACACGAGUCCGCACGCAACGAAAACUAUAGUGAUGAGCUGGCCAGGACGCCCGACCGUCAGUGGAAGAGCUCGAUAUCAGAGGAAAGCCCCGAUGCGAUAAUUGGAGACAGGUUCUCCCGUGGAGAGACCUUUCAGAAGUCCAUCUUGUUCCCCUCGAGCGAGUCGCCGUCCGUCAAAGACAAGGUUGUCCAGCCCGAUAUGCUCGACCACAUUCCUACUAAACGACAAAGCCAUAUACUCUACAAAGGCUUCAUGUCUGGGAUUCAUGCUAUAAGUCCAGUCAUUCACCCACCUACUAUCCUGAAAUUGUAUAAUGCUUUCUGGGAUUGGUAUGAUUAUAGCAGCUACUCCGGGGAGCCUUGUCCAGAUCCGUCUUUCAUCCCGCUACUCUACGCUAUCUGGUAUGGCGGCUCAGUCACGAUCUCAAUACGGACGAUAAAGGCCGAGUUUAAUGUCUCGUCACGAUCCGCGCUUUCCAAGACCUACAACGACGAGGUCACACGAUGGUUGACCGAGAUAUCAUUUCCCCGAAGCCCUUCAUUACAGGGGCUCGCUGCCUAUCUUCUAGUACAGACGAUUCUCUCGAGAGAGGAAGAACCUCUGACGAGCAGUUUAUUCAUUAGUCUUUCUAUGCGUGUUGCACAAACGAUGGGCCUGCAUCGAGAUCCUGCUAAUUUCGGCAUUGAACCCUGCGAAGCAGAGUAUCGUCGCCGCAUAUGGUGGCAUAUUGUGCAUAUGGAUGGCGUCGUCGCCAUGUCCAGUGGACUUCCACCUCUCGUCAGCGACGAAAAGUACUGGGAUGUCCAGGAGACCAGUGAAGUCAAAGACACCCUCCUGGGCACCGCCGAAGCCGAGCAAUAUGAGAGAUUGGUCGCUGCUGGUCUGCGGCCACGAGAUAACCCAGAUGAUCCGACGAUCUGCGGCGGACCAUCAAUGGUAAACGUGUACUAUCUGUCAGCACGGGGAAAAUAUGUCAUGGCUCGUGCUGUCCGUCGUAUAAUGAAGAUCCAAUUAGGCACUGAGCCUGUCACACGAAGAGAUAUGGAGGAACUUCGUUCCAUAUUGGUCGAUCUCCAACUCAAACUUAAUUCGAUCAUCAACAGAAUUCCUGAACCGAAGAACCAGGAGAUUUUCUCGCUUAACUCGGACAGAUCACGAUCCUUGGCAUCCCGCUCCCCUGUUGAGGCUCGAUCCGGUGAAACUGAACUACCUGGUGACGGCCCAAAUGGGUGUUCGGAACAAUAUCAUUCUCAUGUUCUCGUAGCCUUUCACAAGUGGGCGAGAAUACUUCUCUCGCUUUUCAUCGAUAAGGCUUUCUGCGUUGCUUAUCAACCAUUCCUCAAGAACGCCAAAAGCCGUAUUUGGCCGACGGCUAGACACAGCGCCCUGCGUCACUGUCAUGGCUUCAUGGAAAAGUUUAUAUCCCUGGCCACCGAUCCAGAUUUCCAGCCCUUCCAAUGGAGCUGGCCCGGCAAUCAUCAGCCGAUGCACGCAACCAUGAUCAUGUUGAUUGAUCUCUACGAACGUCCGUAUAGCUCCGAGGCUUCCAAGUCACGGGCAUUCAUCGACAAGAUAUUCUCACUUUCAGGUCCCGAUGGUGGUGUCGUUGGCGGAGAGGACGGCAUCACGACCCAGCGACCAUUGAAAGAUGGAGGCCGCGAAGCAUGGGAUAUGAUUCGAAGACUGCGUCAGAAAGCGUGGCAAAAAGCAGGCCUAGAUCCCCAGAGAUUAUGGACUGAACAGGCCCAGAUCCGAGCUGGCGUGCCCUCCACACCUCCCGCAUACUCCCCGGUUCCCAACUCAUAUCCAAACCAGACGUCCGGCAACCCGUCCACUCUUACACCGUUGACGUCACGAAAGCAGCUGACGGAUUUCUCGAAAAUGUUCUACAACAUGACACGCUCACAUCUAGCCCCACGGCCUAGUCCCCUGCGAUAUCACCUACCUCCUCCGGUCCCAAGUGCCGUGCCUGUAACUCCCCAGGUGGUUUCUACUCCCCGAUUCUCUACGUCCCCUGCAACAACCAUCCCUACGGUCGAACCCUCAUUCACUGGCUCGGCCAUAUCUCCUCUGGAAACUAUACCACCAUUCACCUCGACUACCACGUUCGCUCAACCCGCCUUCACGUCGUCCUCAGCCGCCUUGCCGUAUAUUGAUACGUCCUUGCCUACCUCGCAACCGCGAGCAGCACCUACGCCGCCAAGCAUGGUCGAUCCGAAUCUGAACUUCGACUGGGCCGAGUGGGAUGCAGUCUUUGGACAGCAUCUUCCUGUUGCAGAUGAGUUGAUGGAGCUCGAUCCAGUCUCCGGAUUCGAGUUUGCCGACCUCGCGAAUACUAGGGAUGUUGGCGGCAAUAGGAGUGCUGGGGACACUGAUACGGGGAUGAGCGAUAUGCGAGAUCCGGAAUGGUUUUCAUACUGCUGA